AUGUCUUCGUCGAACGACGCAGCAUUUUUGGAAGAGGAAGAGAUAGCCCGAGAGUUCCGGGCACGGUUACGCGCGCGACAAGAGGCCGUGAGGGCCAACAAAGCACAAGAUAUUCGCCAACACCCAAAUAGACUUGAUGGAAAUCCGCGUGCAGCAGAGAGCAGCGAAGAUGCACCGUUGCUGGGCCGCAAUGAUGCGACAGGAAGCGCAGACAGCGAAGACGAUGGCAGUGAACCUGAGUGGUUCGGAUACGCGGAGCUGAGAGGGCUUCCUUGGUGGAAGAGACCUUCGGUAUACUGGCUUCUACCGCCAUUCCUGCUAUUCACCAUGGCCUUCGGCGCCAUCAUCGUACCUAAACUCAACCUGAUAAUGGACCUCGUAUGCGACCAAUAUUACGCAUCCUCCCCGGACCCGAUCAGUGGGCCUAUGGACCCCGGACAGCAACCCGACCGAUGCCAGACGGACGCAGUCUCAUCUCGCUCGUCACUGUUCCUGCUAUACGGUAAUCUGUGCUCUGGCAUCCUCUCGGCUAUUACCAGUCCAAAGCUCGGCGCCCUUUCAGACCGCUACGGGCGCAAGAGAUUAUUGGUCUUCACCACGUUGGGAGCCCUACUGGGAGAAGUCUUGACCAUUCUCGCUGCCAAGUAUCCCGAAACCGUGCAUGUCAACUGGAUACUGGUUGGCUAUGCGCUUGAUGGGUUGGCCGGCUCCUUCAUUGUCGGCAUGGCUCUCGCGUACUCGUACGCCUCAGAUUGCACACCGCCACAAAAGCGAAACGUAGCUUUCGGGUACUUUCACGCCUGCCUUUUCACCGGUAUCGCAGUGGGACCAGUUCUGUCCGGUUACGUGAUCAGUUGGCGUGAAAAGUACGUCGGUAAAACAGAAGCUGUGCUCCUGAUAUUCUACCUUGCACUCGCCUGCCACGCUUUCUUCAUUCUCUUCCUUGCUUUGGUGGUUCCAGAGUCCCUGUCGAAAGACAGACAAGAAGCAGCACGCCAGCGCCACCGUAUGGAGAAGGAAAGAAACGGCGGGCUGGACCCCGACUGGAUCGACCAGCUACGCUCGAUCAAUCUAUUGGCGCCACUCAAAAUUCUAUGGCCCACGGGUCCCGGCAGCAGCUCUGCUCUUCGACGAAACCUGAUCUUGCUCGCUGCGACAGACACAAUUGCCUUCGGAAUAGCCAUGGGCGCUAUGGGUGUCGUAGUUGUCUACACGCGUAGGCAAUUCGGCUGGCAAGAGCUGGAGACCGGCAGGUUUGUUAGCAUUGUUAACAGUGCGCGUGUACUCACACUUCUCAUCGCACUGCCUGUUAUCACCCGUCUGAUACGCGGCAAAAAUGGUAUGAAGAAUCAACGCAAUUCCGGGUCCGACGUUCUCGAUCUCUCGAUCAUCCGCGUAGCUAUCUUCUUCGACAUGCUCGGAUACCUCGGAUAUACACUUUCUAGAGAUGGCAACCUCUUUAUUCUGUCGGGUGCCGUGACUGCGCUCGGUGGCAUUGGAAGUCCUGCCAUCGGAUCCGCGCUCACGAAGCAUGUGCCUCCUGAUCAAGUGGGUCAGCUUCUGGGUGCUACAGGCUUGCUACAUGCAUUCGCAAGAGUUUUAGGGCCUACCAUCUUCAACGGCAUAUACAGCGCUACAGUGGGCAGCUUCAGGCAGACUGUAUUUGUGUACCUGACGGUUACGUUCGGGAUUGCUCUGGGUUUGAGUUGGUUCGUGAGACCGCACGUUUACCUGGACCUCGAACCUGACGGCGCUCCAUCUAGACGUGGAAGUACCAUCGACGGGCGUGAAGAGGAUAGUAGCGCUUAG